CACUUAUAUGGAACAGUUUGUUCCCACUCAAUCACUUUGUUUUCUCGGAUCCCCUUCCCACCAAAAACACAAGCAAAACAACAAAGACUCUCUCUCCGUUAUCGUAUAUUCUAUAUAUUAUCGACAGUGCAAUCUAUUUUCACUGUCUUCGAUAUUCCUCACUCUUUCAUGGCCCCUCUUCCUUUCUUACCGGCCCAAACCAAGUCGCAAACGCGUUUAUCUUCAGACUCAAAGAAGAAGAACGGAAACAAGAAAACGUCUACCCAGCCUCCUCAGACGCAAACCCUAAAGCAAACACAAAAGCUGAAGCAGAAGACGGUAUCAUCAUCGUCAUCGUCUUCAUGGAGCCAGAUAAAGAACCUCCUAAGUUGCAAACAAAUCGAAGGUCCACGAGUGCAUGACCCAUCAAAGAUUACGUUAUCAUCUUGUGGCUCUUCUUUGUGUAAGUUCAGUGAUGUUAUUUAUGGGAAUGCCCGCGUGAUUCACCGCUCAGAUCACUCGCCGGAAAGUAGCAACCUUGGUCAAGAUGGUGGGUUGUUGAUCCGAAAACCGGCCACUCGUGGAUCUUCUUCUACAGUUAGAUCUAACGGAUGUGGUGCUUACACAUCAUCAUCCAAAGCUAUGCACUUCAGAAAACUCUCAGGUUGCUAUGAGUGUCACAUGAUUGUUGAUCCCAGCAGGUAUCCAAUAUCACCAAGAAUAUUUGCAUGUCCACAGUGUGGGGAAGUUUUUCCUAAGCUUGAAACCUUGGAGAUUCAUCAAGCAGUUCGUCAUGCCGUGUCGGAGUUAGGGCCAGAGGAUUCAGGAAGAAACAUAGUGGACAUCAUCUUCAAAUCUAGCUGGUUACGAAAGGACGGUCCACUCUACAAGAUCGAACGUAUAUUAAAAGUCCACAACACUCAGCGCACGAUCCAACGGUUUGAAGACUGUCGCGACGCAGUCAAGUCCCAUGCACAUGCCUCCACCAGAAAAGAGCCUCGAUCAGCCGCCGACGGCAACGAGCUCCUCCGUUUCCACUGCACCACCGUUUCUUGCUCCCUCGGCUCCCGUGGUUCGACCUCCCUCUGCUCCAACAUCCCUGGCUGCCGCGUCUGCACCAUUAUCCGCCACGGCUUCCACGCCAAAACGCUGCGUUUAGGUAGUGGGUCCAAUGAGAUUAAGGGUGUGAGGACCACGGCGAGCAGCGGAAGAGCACAUGAUGCAUUGAGGUGCUUUGACCAGCGGAGGGCGAUGCUUGUCUGCCGUGUGAUUGCCGGAAGAGUGAGGCGCGGGCAGAGCGACGCACCUGAAGAUGAAAAUGAUUCUUGCUCGUAUGAUUCUGUUGCGGGUGCUGCUGGGGUCUACACAAACCUAGACGACUUGGCUGUGUUAAAUCCCAAAGCCAUACUUCCUUGCUUUGUAGUAAUCUACAAAGUUUCUGAGCCUUAAAAAUACUUUUAAACGAUUUGGAUUUGUAAGUUUUUUGUAAACUAUGUGAAGUAACCGGUUGUAGUAUUUAGGGAUAAUAGCUUAUUAAAAAAGUUCUCUCUCUAGUUGUUCUCUAACUUCUCUCUGGAGGGUUCUCAAAAAAACUAAAAUCGUGUUUGCUUGUU